AUGUUGUACCUCCAUUGGGUGACCUUGUUUCCCGGCAAGUGGCUCACCGAGCCCGAAAGAGCUGGCUAUCUCAAGAAUCAGGUGGCACCCUUUCGCAUCCCAACGAAAGACGGAGAAAGGCUCUUUGCAUGGCUCGUCACACCUCUGGGCAUGUAUGCGCACCACGUGCAAGACUUCAUCCAAGAAAUCCCAGCAAAGGAUGACAUAGAGCAAAGGCGGGCAUUCAAGCUACUGAAAGAGGAUCCUGAGGCGCGAUUGCUGAUAUAUUUCCACGGCAACACCGCGACCGUUGCCCAGGGCCGAAGAACAGAGGAGUAUCGUAUGUACAGCUCUGGUGCCUCUGACAAGAUCUUCGUUCUAGCAUUCGACUACCGCGGGUUUGGAAAAUCUACAGGGUCGCCAUCAGAGCUAGGCUUGAUGAAUGAUGCGGAAGCGGUCGUGGAAUGGGCUCUCGGAACCGCAGGCAUCGCACCGGAUCGCAUCGUUCUUUUAGGCCACUCACUGGGAACAGCGGUCGCAACGGGUAUAACUCACUAUUACGCCAACCUUGCAACACCAACUGAGUUUGCCGGGCUCAUCCUUUGCGCAAGCUUCACGAAUACGGGGAGCGCUUUUGCGUCCUACGCCAUCGGUGACCUCAUACCCAACGACGGAACGAUGCCCUGGGACCAGACAGAAGAGCUAUUUAAGUCCACAUUGAGAGCUGCGACGGAAGAGGUGGGUCCGGAUGUCAAGGUCGCGAAUCUAGGCGAGGCGGGGAAUCAACAAGUGUGGCGCCAGGGUACACGCAGCAUCAGCAAGCUCAUUGCGAAGCACGGCGGUAAGUUGCCUUCCCGUGACGCACUCCAUGAAUGCGCGAAAGGCCCUAUCCUAACAAAUAUAGACCAUAAUACGAUGAUGAAGUGGGCACCGAUUUCGUUGGCUGUGCUCGAAUCUUUCGGCCUCACAAAUGUGAGCGUUGCGCGAAUAGCCGAAACACCUUACGAGUAG